CCACACACCGACCCGAUCGCGCGACCAUCCACCUCGUAAUACCACUACAACACAGCACACACCCAAAAUCACACACACCUCGCAACCGCAACCAUGGCCCGAAACAGCGAAAAGGCGCACUCGAUGCUGUUCCGCUUCCGCGCCGCGCAAGCUGCUGAAGCCGGCAUCAUCGACAUCUCGCGCACCCGACGCCCCAAGCUGAUCACGGGCGUGACCGGCAUCCCCGUGUGCGAGAAAUGGCGCGGCCAAGUCCUCAAAGAAAUUUCCCGCAAAGUAACCAAGAUCCAAGACGCCGCGCUCUCAGACUACCAGAUCCGCGACCUCAACGACGAGAUCAACAAGCUCAUGCGCGAGAAGCACAUGUGGGAGAGUCAGAUACGGAACUUGGGCGGGCCGAACUACAUGCGCGGGGGCCGGGUGCUGGACGAGGAGGGUAGAGAGGUGCCCGGGGGUGGCAAGGGGUAUAGGUAUUUUGGACGGGCGAAGGAGUUGCCUGGUGUGAAAGAGCUGUUUGAGCGGCAGGCACGGCCGGAGGAUGAUGAUGGUGCGGCGAAGGGGAGGGAGAAGAGGAGUGAGCUGAGGCAGCGGGUGGAUGCGGGGUACUAUGGGUAUAAUCUUGACGAGGAGGAUGGAACCUUGUUGGCGUACGAGCGGGCGAAGGAGAAGGAGGCCUGGGACGACUUUCUGGCGCUGGGCGACGACCUCGGCGUGAAGCCGAGUAAGACACCGCGCCCGUUCGAGGACCUACCUGGCGACGCGGGCGAUGGCGUGCGGUGGAACGUGCCGACGCUGGAGCAAGUUAAUGAGGAGCUGAUUGAGCGAAGGAAGAGGAAGUUGCUGGAGAAGCUGGGUUGAAGAGCGAAUACGGCGACAAUGGAUACUACGCACGAGUUGGCUCGACACUCUUAUUAUCAGCAUUUGCAUUCCAC